AGCCAUCAGAGCAGCGACGACCGGCGAACGCUUGGCGGCCCAGCCUCUCCUCUGAGCUGAAGCUUGCGGUAGCCGCCGUCUCGAAGGGUUUUAGCAUCCGCCGAGGAAGUCGCCGGGUUUCUCUCUCUCUCGCUCUCUCUGAUAUCUACUAUAGGCGAAGGGAAGGGGGAGAAGAUGCAGCGGUCGCUGUCGGCGCUGGCUCGGCCGGCGCGUGGGUUUUGCACCAAGCCCGAGAAGAUCGUCGCGUCCGUGCUGUUCGAGAGGUUGCCCGUCGUCGUCCCGAAGAUGGACCCCGUGGUCUACGCAUUUCAGGAGUUCUCAUUUCGUUGGUGUCAGCAGUAUCGGAGGAGAUACCCAGAUGAGUUUCUAGACAAGUCUAAUGCCAGGGGAAAAGGUGAUUACCAGAUUGACUAUGUACCAUCUCCUCGGAUCACUGAAGCUGACAAAACAAAUGAUAGAAAGUCUUUACAAAGAGCGCUAGACAGGAGAUUGUAUCUUCUUCUUUAUGGUAAUGCGUACAGUUCUCCUGCUGGUGAUCCCGCCUGGCAUUUUCCUGAAAAGGUUUAUGAAACUGAGGAGACAUUGCGCAAGUGUGCAGAGUCAGCACUGGAAUCUGUCUUAGGAGAUCUGUCACAUACUUAUUUUGUUGGAAAUGCUCCUAUGGGUCAUACAGUCAUACAGCGAACAGAAGAUUCAGUGGAAGUGCCAUCUCUUAAGAGAUUCUUCUUUAAGUCUCAAGUUAUUGCAACAAACAAGUUUAACAUUCAGAAGUGCAAGGAUUUUGUUUGGGUCACCAAGGAUGAAUUGCUGGAGUAUUUCCCGGAGCAAGCCGAAUUCCUCAAUAAGAUGAUCAUUAGCUGAUGCAGUUCUAUAGUCUCGUAGUUAAGCAAAAUCCCUUUCAAGAGUAUCUUCUCUGAUUUAUCUUACCCAUCCUUAUUUUUUAUUUGAGCUGACGGACUGAUGGUGUUGAAAAAUAGGAUAUUCGGCUCCAGCGAGAGAUUUUUGCUAGACAUUUAGGAUUUUGUUAAGUUUCCUGUUCACAUUUAGUAACCUUUCGAUCUGUUUAUAGGGGGCCAAAAUUCGUCAAGAGACGAGACGUGGCUAAUGCUGUUUGAUCUUGAGUUGAGCCUUGAUCUGUCGAAUAAAAGCAUCAAAGAUUUGUUGUU